AUGGCGUCCGCGGCGGGAUCCGUCGCCGCGGCGUCUGCGACGACGACGGCGUCGACGCGGUGCCGUCGUCGUCGCGUCGCCGCGAGCGUCGGCCCCGACGCGACGCGAUCGCGCGCGCGCCGCCCGCGCGUCGUCGCGCGCGCGAGAGGCUUCGGCGUCUCCGAGGCGGACGACGACGCGACGACGGACGGCGACGGCGACGGCGAGGUCGGCGAGGUGGGCGCGAACGACGACGCGAACGACGCGUCGUCGUCGUCGUCGUCGUCGAUCGCCGGCGCGCCGUCGCGCGCCGCGGCGUCCGCCGCGGUGCGCGCGCUCGCGGACCGCGUCCUCCCGAACGGCGCGUCCGUGAACGACCGCGACGACGAGACGGGGGAGACCGCGCUCGUCGUCGCGAGCGAGCGCGGGGAUCUCGACGACGUCCGCGCGCUGCUCGCCGUGGGCGCGGACGUCGCGAUCGCGUCCUUCUCCGGGUGGACCGCGCUCCACGGCGCCGCGGAAAACGGCUCCAUCGCGUGCGUUAAAGCGCUCAUCGACGCCGGCGCGGACGUGAACGCGGUGACGAGCAGCACGGGGAAGAGCGUCCUGGACAUCGCGCGGCAGUACGGGCGCGCAGACGCGGAGGAGGUUUUGGCGUCGUACGGCGCCGCGUUCGCCGUCACGCGUCGUAUGGACAAACAGUCUGACGAGGAAUCCGACGCCGACUACGAAGUGCUCGACGACGACGACGACGACGACGAGAGUGAUACUGCCCUCGACGCGCUCGAGGCGCUCGUGCGACGCGCGCGCGAAGACCCGUCCUACGCGCCGACGGUCGCGGACAUCGAAAACUUGAACGCGUUUCCGUUUGAUCCGUUUCAAUCGGAAGCCGCCGAGGCGCUGAUACGCGGCGACUGCGUCGUCGUGUCCGCGCCGACGGGGAGCGGGAAAACGCUCGUGGGCGAGGUCGCGAUCGUGAACGCGCUGUUGAGAGGACAGAAGGCGAUAUACACGACGCCGUUGAAGGCGCUGUCGAACCAGAAGCUUCGCGAGUUUCAGAAAAUAUUCGGCCCCCGACGCGUCGGCCUCAAGACGGGCGACGUCGAGAUCAACGCCGCGGACGCGGACGUCGUCGUGAUGACGACCGAAAUCCUUCGCAACAUGCUGUACCCGAGCGCGGGCGCGGAGGACGCGGGCGGCGGCGGCGUGACGGUUGACGUUCCAUCUUCCGCCGUCGUCAUCGGAGAAGACGCCGGCCGCGCCGACGGCCGACUCGAAGGCGUCGGCGUCGUGAUCCUCGACGAAGUCCACUACCUCUCCGACGCGUCGAGAGGCACGGUGUGGGAGGAGACGAUCAUCUACCUCCCGAGCGCGGUGCAGCUGCUGUGCUUGUCCGCGACGGUCGGGAACCCCGACGACUUGGCCGGGUGGAUAGAGGACGUGCACUGUCGCGGCGGGACUCAGUGCGAGGUCGUGCAGUCGGACUACCGACCGGUGCCGCUGACGUGGCACUUCUCGAUGAAACCCGGUCACAUGUACCCGGGACUGGGGCCGCUGCUGAACCGCGCGGGGACGCGGUUGCACCACGAGCUGUUUCCGUUCACGAAGGAGGGCGCGAGGGAGUGGGCCAACGCCAACGGCGGCGACGGGUACGGAUCCUACGGGAACUCGUUCGACGACCGCUACGGCGUCGGCGACGACGACGACGGGUACUACGAGGGCGGGUUCUUCCGAAGAAACAACAACGAUCGCGGUCGCGGUCGCGGCGGCGGCGGCGGACGAGGGCGGCGCGGCAGCGGCGGCGGCGGCGGCGGCGGAAGACGUUUCCCGCCGCCGCCGCCGUCGCCCGCGACGGAUAAGCAACAACGCCGCCGGCUCGUCCCGCACGUGGAGACGACCGUCGGGCAGCUCGUCGCGGGGAACAUGCUCCCGGCGGUGUGGUUCGUCUUCUCCAGAAAAGGCUGCGACCAGGCCGCGGAGUACUUGUGUAGGUGCGGCGCGAAGCUCGUGACCCCGGCGGAGGAGCGAGAGAUCGCGGCGACGCUCGACGCGUUCGCGAGGCAAAACCCGGACGCGAUCCGCGACGACGCGAUCGAGCCGUUGCUGCUCGGGAUCGCGUCGCACCACGCCGGUUUACUCCCCGGGUGGAAAGGACUCGUGGAGGGGUUGUUUCAGCGCGGGCUCUUGAAAGUGGUCUUCGCCACGGAGACGCUCGCGGCGGGGGUGAACAUGCCGGCGCGAUGCUCCGUGUUAUCCGCGCUGAGUAAACGCGGCGACGCGGGGCCGCGGAUGUUAACCUCGAACGAGUUCAUGCAAAUGUGCGGACGCGCGGGACGGCGAGGGUUCGACACCAUCGGGCACGUCGUCGCGUGCCAGUCCCCGUUCGAGGGCCCCGAGGAGGCGUUCGAUUUGGUGACGUCCCCGCCGGAUAACCUGCGGUCGCAGUUUUCAAUAUCCUACGGCAUGGUCCUGAACCUCGUGCGCGCGGGACGGCCGCUGCCCAUGGUCCGAUCGAUCGUGGAGCAGUCGUUCGGGAACUACCUCGGCGGCAAGGCGAAGCGCGAGCAGACGAAAGAGCUGCGGCGGCUGAAGCAGCAGGCGGACGCCUUGCGCGAGCAGAUCGAGAUGGGCGAGUCGAUCGUCCCGCAGGAUGAAUGGCGGCGGUACGUGAAGCUCGAGGAACGACUGAAAGAAGAGCGGCGUCUGAUGAAGAUCAUCUCGAGACAGAGCUGGGACAUGAAAGCGGAGAUGGCGCGCGCGGCGAUCAGAGAUUUUCUCGAGAUCGACGAGGGGAUCGCGCUCGCGCUCGUGGAGCUGGACGACGUCGCGGAGGACGGUCAGGUGAUUCGACCGGGGCGGAACCUCCCUCCGUCGUUUUCGAGAGGCGCGAGGCCAAAGUCGAAGACGAUCGGGCUCAUGCCGGACGGGUCGUGGUCCGUGGAGGAUCCCGACGCGGCCGAGGAUGACGUGGCCGAUGGAGAGGAUGACGUGGCUUCCGCUGAUUCGUCGAACGCGGUGACGCCGAGAACCGCGGACGCGGCGGACGCCGUCGCCGCGUUUGACGACGCCGACUCCGACGAGUCACCGCACGCCACGCCAUCCUCAUCGUCGUCCACGUCAUCUGCGUUCAGCCGCCCGCGCGGGCGCGUCGCGCUCGUCGCCGUCGUGGACGCGAUCGCCGCGGAUUCGGACGGCGUCGGCGACUUUAUCGGCGUCGACCGCGACGGCGCGUGGUAUCGGUUCGGCGCGGAACGCGCGCGGCGGGUGCUCAACGAACCGCUCGUGCUCGCCGCGGACGUGGACGCGUGGCCGCCGCGAGCGCCGCCGGUGCGGUCGUCGAUCGCGUGGCGCAGGGUCGGGGACGGACUGUGGAGGGCGGAAGGGAACGCGGACGCGAUCGCGGCGGCGGCGGCGGCGGGGGUCCCGCGCGCGGAUGACGAUUCAAAUUCCGACGACGACGAAUCAGGUGCGUCCCAUACACUGGUUCCCAUACGACCGCGUUGGCGUGGUGAACACCGAUCCUUAAGGACUUUGCCCGGCGCAUCUCUCCGCCCACCCCACGAACGGCCCUCAGAGAUCGCCGCGUCGGUCGCCGCCGCCGACGACGACGACGCGAGCUUCGGCCUGGACGAGACGCUGCGCUUCCUGACCGAGCAGAGGGCGAAGGUCGCGGCGACGCGGCGCGAGAUCGACGAGAUGAAGAACGUCGCCGAGCUUCGACGCGCGGUGAAGUUGAACAACCGGAAGAGGGAAAAGUUGUCGACGCUCGACAAGCGGAUUUCGCGGCUGGAGAAACGCGUCGGCGAGUACGCCGCCGCGGGUUGGGCGGAGUUCCUCAGGGUCGUGGACAUCCUCGUGGAGAUGGGCGCGCUCGUGGACCCCAUACCGGAGGAGGAGCUCGCGCGGGAGGCGGAGCAGGCGGAGAUGGAGGCGGCGGCGAAGGCGAAGGCGGCGGAGGACGACGCCGAGUCUUCGAAACCGAAAGACCCCGUCGCCGCGUCCGCGUUCGGAGACGAUUUUUGGGAGCCGGACGCGCCGUUCUCGCUGUCCGCGCUCGACGACGCGCACGACCUCGCGCGCGGCGUCGACGUGAACGCGGAGCUCGCGGGGAGAGCGGCGGCGUUCGCGAAGAAGAAGAAGGACGCCGCCGUCGCGCGGCGGCGUCGCGAGACGCGCCGAAAGAUGCGCUGGCCCUCAGACGACGACGACGACGCGCGGGAACGCGGGGACGGUUCAUCGCGCGAACCGUCGUCGUCGUCGCGCGUCGACACCCUGACGCUCACCCCUCUCGGGGAAGUCUGCGCGACGCUGCGCGGCGAGAACGAGCUGUGGCUCGGCGUGGCGUUGUCCGACGCGUGCGUCGCGGACCUCGACGAGUAUCAGCUCGCCGGCGUCUUCGGCGCCAUCUGCGCGGACGCCAACCGCCCGGCGUCGUCCAGCUACGACCCGAGCGCGAAGCUGCGAGCGGCGCUGAGGAACCUCGAGCCAAUCGCCGCGGGGGUGAUGACGGUGCAGUACGAGGCGGGGAUGAGCUCGAGCGUGACGUUGAGCGACGGCGUCGCCGCGUUGUGCGAGGCGUGGGCGAGCGGCGCGACGUGGGAUCAGAUCCGGCGGGACACGAACCUUGACGAGGGCGACAUCGCGAGGGUGUUUCGACGCACCGCGGAGCUGCUCGCGCAAGCGCCGCGGACGAGGGAGCUCCCGGAGAGCGUGCGGAAGAGAGCGAAAGCCGCGGAGAAGCUCGUCCUGCGCCCUCCGAUCACGGACCUCAGCUAGCUUCCUUCGUACUAGACUCUGAUAUCUUAUACGAGUACGAGUACUGUACCUCU